AGGAGAUUUCCGACCUCACGGAGCAGAUUGCCGAGGGAGGAAAGGCGAUUCACGAGCUGGAGAAAGUCAAGAAGCAGAUUGAGCAGGAGAAAUCUGAAAUCCAGGCUGCUCUGGAGGAAGCUGAGGCUUCCCUGGAACACGAAGAGGGAAAGAUCCUGCGCCUCCAGCUUGAGCUCAACCAGGUAAAGUCUGAGAUUGACAGAAAGAUAGCAGAGAAAGAUGAGGAGAUUGACCAAAAGAGCAGAAGUGAAUCCUUAAGGCUGAAGAAGAAGAUGGAGGGAGACCUGAAUGAAAUAGAGAUCCAGUUGAGCCACGCCAACCGCCAGGCUGCAGAGGCACAAAAGAACCUGAGAAACACACAGGGAGUGCUCAAGGAUACCCAGAUACAUUUGGACGAUGCUCUCAGGACACAGGAGGACCUGAAGGAGCAGGUGGCCAUGGUGGAGCGCAGAGCAAACCUGCUGCAGGCUGAAAUUGAGGAGCUACGGGCAGCACUAGAACAAACAGAGAGGUGUAGAAAGGUGGCUGAACAGGAACUGAUGGAUGCAAGUGAGCGUGUGCAGCUCCUCCAUACACAGAACACCAGCUUGAUCAACACCAAGAAGAAGCUGGAAACAGACAUUGCCCAAAUUCAGAGUGAGAUGGAAGAUACGAUCCAGGAAGCCCGCAAUGCUGAAGAGAAGGCCAAGAAGGCCAUCACAGAUGCAGCCAUGAUGGCAGAAGAGUUGAAGAAGGAGCAGGACACCAGCGCCCACCUGGAGAGGAUGAAGAGGAACCUGGACCAGACGGUGAAGGACCUGCAGCACCGUCUGGACGAAGCCGAACAGUUGGCUCUGAAGGGAGGCAAGAAGCAAAUCCAGAAGCUGGAGGCCAGAGUGCGGGAGUUGGAGGGGGAGGUUGAUGCUGAGCAGAAGCGCAGUGCUGAAGCCGUGAAGGGUGUGCGCAAGUACGAGAGGAGGGUGAAGGAGCUGACCUACCAGGUGAAAUCCUACAAGAGACAAGCUGAGGAGGCUGAGGAGCUGUCCAAUGUCAAUCUCACAAAGUUCCGCAAGAUCCAGCACGAGCUGGAGGAAGCUGAGGAGAGGGCUGACAUUGCAGAGUCGCAGGUCAACAAGCUCCGAGCAAAGAGUCGUGAAAUUGGCAAGAAGGCAGAAAGUGAAGAGUAAAUUCCUCCAGUCGUGCAAAGUGAGAGAGUUACACAAAAUGUGAAAUUCUAUCACUUUGUUUUUGUAAUCACUGUUUAGUUCUUCAUCAAUCUCUAGAUAAUUAAUGCUUAGAUAAUAAA